GCUUCCAAAACGGGGAUAAGAUGACAGGUGGCGCUGUGCUCCUCUUAGCGGUGGCGCCACAGCUGCUGCCUUAGAUGAAUUUACAUCUGCUGCCUAGCGCCACAUUUCGAAGACCGAAAGUAAUUGGUGCAAUCGCUUGCAAUCGGUCAACUUGCACUAGUUACUUGUCAAUGCAUUUCAAGUCAAUCGGACUUGAAAUUUGCAUUUUGCUUGGUUAUGGGCUGCUUCUCUCUUACGUUUACAAAGUUACCGUUGAUAUACACCCUCUCAUGGCCAUCUUUUCUCUUUCAAAACCUUUGACGAUCGUGAGCCUGAAAGUCAUUUCGCCGACUUUUGUAUUUAGCUGCAGCGUUCAGAUAUGUAUGCGGCGUAAUCGCCGCAGUAUCCGGAAAAUAAAUAUUUCCACAGUGCUAUUUCGCAUUUUGAAGAGAAGGGAGCGUUAUCUGUGUGUGGUGCUGCUGGUCGUAGCUUUAGCCGGUUUUGUUGAUAUUUUGCUCGAUAAGUGGCGUUGAACCAGUAAUCGGUAAUCAGUAAUCAGUAAUCGUGAGAAGUACCGGACAUCUGAGAAAAGACUGAUCCUGACCGUCUGGCCACUGCUGUGCUGACAACGGGCCACCCGCCUGAAAUUUGAAUUAUUGGGAGCAAUCGGCACGCGUCCUACGCUGACCCUCGGCCGACCCACCAUGCGGUGACCAGGUCAGCCGGUGACAGUCGUCAUGGAGCCGCCCGCCCCGCCGCGGCGGGUCAUCCGGCCGCCGACGCUGAAACGCGGCCGCUCGCAGGACGUCCACCACAGCGAGAAGAUCCGGCUGGAGCGGGUCCUCGGCGUCACAGUCAGCAGUAACGCCGCCGUCGAUGUCUCCCCCACCGAGGGCAUCGUGGCCUACCCGGCCGGGUGCACGGUGGUGCUGUACAACCCGAAGAAGAACAAGCAGUCGCACCUGCUCAACACGUCGCGGAAGCCGAUCACGUCCGUGCGUUUUUCGGCCGAUGGCCGGUACCUGGUGACGGGCGAGUGUGGCCACCAGCCGGCCGUGCGAGUCUGGAGCGUGCAGGACAAGGUGCUGCUACAGGAGUUCCUCGUGCACAAAUAUGGCAUCACAUGUGUGGGCUUCUCUCCGGGCAACAAGUACGUGGUGUCGGUGGGCUUCCAACACGACAUGAUUGUCAACGUGUGGGACUGGCAGCGGAACGUCAAGGUGGCGUCCAACAAGGUCAGCUCUCGCGUCAAGGCGGUGUCGUUCGCCGAGAACGGCAGUUACUUCGUCACCGUCGGCAACCGGCACGUCAAGUUCUGGUACCUCGAGCUCUCCAGGUCGUCAAAGUUCAAGGAGGCGAUGCCUCUGACGGGUCGCUCGGCGAUCCUCGGGGAGCAGCGCAACAACUACUUCUGUGACGUGGCGUGCGGCCGGGGCGAGAUGGGCGACUCGACGUACGCCAUCACCCGGUCGGGCCUGCUCUGCGAGUUCAACAACCGGCGCCUGCUCGACAAAUGGGUGGAACUGCGGACGCAGACGGCCAACUGUAUGACGGCCGGCGAGCAGCUCAUCUUCAUCGGCUGCGCGGACGGCAUCGUGCGCUGCUUCUCGCCGCACACGCUCCAGUUUGUCACCACUCUGCCGCGGACACACUACCUGGGCGUGGACCUGGCCAGGGGGCUGGCUAUUAGUCACAUGGCGGCGCACCCGGCCGGCAGCCGGUACCCGGACUGUGUCGGAGUCACCUACGACGAGACCGCCCACAAGGUCACCUGCUUCUACAACGACCACUCCGUCUACGUCUGGGACGUGCGAGACAUCACCAAGGUGGGCAAGUCUCACUCGUUCCUGUACCACUCGGCGUGUAUCUGGGGCGUGGAGACGUACCCUCAGGUGGACGGACUGAAAUCCGUGCUGCCGCCGGGCUCCUUCGUCACUUGCAGCUCGGACGACACGAUUAGGGUGUGGAACCUCGACCCCAACAUGCCCAACAACACCGUCUACAAGCGCAACAUCUACAGCAAUGACCUGCUGAAGAUCCUCUACAUCGACCCGUCACUCCAGUACCUGAAGGACGUCGACCAAGGCUCCCGAGAGAACGCCGACAAAACCGACCCCAACUACGACUGUAAGAACGGCGUGCGCUGCAUCAAAAUAUCGCCGGACGGAAAACAGCUGGCCUCCGGCGACCGGCAGGGAAACAUACGGGUACACGAGCUGCAGUUUAUGGACGAGCUGUGUAAGAUUGAAGCGCACGACGCCGAGGUGCUGUGUCUGGAGUUCAGUCGACCCGACUCUGGCUGGAGGCUGCUCUCGUCCGCCUCCAGGGACCGGCUCAUCCACCUCUUCAACGCUGACCAGGACUACCAGUUCCUGCAGACGCUGGACGACCACAGCUCCUCCAUCACGGCGGUGCGCUUCUUCCAGCACCAGGAGCGGCUGUUUAUGGUCAGCUGCGGCGCCGACAAGUCGGUCAUCUUCAGACAGGCGGCACUGAACGCGGAGCGUCAGCUGCAGUUCGCUCUCAGCCAUAACGUGGUCGGCAAGACGACCCUGUACGAUAUGGAGGUGGACCACAGUCAGAGGCACAUCCUCACCGCCUGCCAGGACCGCAACAUCCGCGUCUACAACGUCUCCAACGGCAAGCACAGCAAGACGUUCAAGGGCAGCAUCGCAGACGACGGCACCCUCAUCAAGCUCUCGAUGGACCAGUCUGGCAUCUACGUGGCCACGUCAUGCACGGACAAGACGCUGUACGUGUACGACUACCACUCGGGUGACUGCAUGGCCUCCAUGUUCGGACACAGCGAACUCGUCACCGGACUCAGGUUCACCAACGACUGCCGGCACCUGAUCACCGUCUCCGGCGACGGCUGUGUGUUCGUGUGGCGUGUGCCGCACGACAUGACGCAGACGAUGCUGGCGCGGCUGCAGCAGCAGGCUCGCCGCAGCCGGCGCCGGCAGACACACUCGGCACCGCCGCCCACCGACGCGGCCGGCACCGCGCCACUGCACAUGUUCGACUCGAACGCCAACGAACGGGACGGCAGUGAUUAUAGGUUCAGUCCGGGCGGCCUACCUCAGUGGGCUAAACGGAAGGUAACAGAGACGUCCGUGUCACCAACUAACGAGCGAACAGUCGACUUCCCCAAGGGCCGCUGGGCGCAGCGGAUAGACUCGGCUGGGAUGACAGUGAAGUCCAUCUACGACCGGGACAGCGUCAUACCGUUCCCCGGACAAGACCGCCGUCGUGCCGGCCAGCCGGACUCUGAGGGCUCCAAGGACAGCUCACUGGAGGACUCGACCACAGCCAGCAGCAGGGAGCAGUCAUCACGGCCGCCUCGCGGCCAGGGAAAUGGGUUCGUGCCGAACGCCCACAGCCUGAGAGAGAUCCUCGGAAACCGCACCAACCAACGGCUGUCGAGGAGCUCGCGACGCUCAGAGCUGAUUGAGGCUCGGAACCGACCGCUCACCGACGACUCGUCCGACCUGGGCAGCUACCGACCCGACGACGGUACCACGGACCACGACGGAGACAUUGACGACUACAGUGAGCCAGAGUCGACUGAGAACGAGGCGGCCGAGACGCCCAUGUACUACCCGCAACCGACCGACGACGGCGCCAGUUCACCGUUCACGGUGAACGCCAUGGACCAGGAGGAGCUGCGCCGGUCGGUGCGGCGGGCGCGCCGGCCGCGGCCCGCCCACCUGACACUGGCGCCGCUGGCCGGCCUGGCUUCGGACGCCGGCACGGCCACUCAGGACGACUCCGAUGACCUGGAGGAAGAAGAGGAGGUCAGCACGCCGUCGGCCGACACGGACGGACAGACCAGAGCCGGACUCCACACCUCAGCCAGCAUGGAGAGUAUAGACAAGAUCGGUCAGCAUGAGAAGUUCUUGGCGAAAAACUUCGAGUCGCUGGACGGGGAGGACGAGCCCGCAGAGGGAGCCGGCGAGUCGCCCAAUCACAAAAACAGUAUUUCCAGCAAGUUCCUGGUGGGCCGCAGCUACACGUCCACGACGGUACGCUCUCAGGAGAGCCAGCGGAAACGCGAGGAGCUCCAGCGACGGAUCCAGGAGACGCGACGGAAACUGCAAGGUAUCGGGUACAGGUCGGGCAACCUGAAGGCUAGCCAGAGCUACGCGGACCUGAGCUACGGCGGUUCGCCGGGCCGCGCCGGCGGCCGGCCGCCCUAUAACUCCGCCUCCGCCGCCGCCGCCGCUGCUAACUCCGCUAACCGGCUGCAUGGGGCAGUGCGCACCAGCGCGGCGGGCGCCGUGGACCCGGAGCCGGCUGGCGGACUGCGGCGCGCCGUCUCCCUGAGCGACCUCACCGACGCCAGCACGCCGCGCCGCCUGCUGCCAUCCACCCCGGCCGUGUCAGGGAAGAAGACGACGUCCAAGAAGCAGCCGCGGCCCAGCUCGGCGCUGGCUCGCAGCUCAUCCAUGAAUCUGCUCAACCAGACGGACAGUGACAGCGGCCUGAGCCGCUCGUCACGGACCGUCGGGAGCCCAAUGCGGCCCACCAUCGCCUCGCUCAACAAACAGAAGGCGCCGGCAUCGGCGGCCACCUCCUACCGACGCGGCCUCUCGGGCGCCGUCAGUGUCGGCGACAUGCGGGUACUAGAGGCCGACUCGAGUUCCGAGGAGCCCCUCUCGCCGAGCGAGUCUCGCGGUCAGACGGGCCCGUUCAAAGGCCGGGCGUCCAGCGUGGACCGAUUGGCAGCCAGCCGACUGAGCGGAGCCGGCGGCCGCGGCGGCGCCGGCUCGGAGCGGGACCUGAGCCGAGCGGCGCGAGAGGUCACCAGUCGCCUGACGGCCACCGUCACCAAAACCCGACAGCAGACCGUCACCAAACGGCAGACGGUCACGCUGAAGGGGUACGGUGUUCGGGAAUCGAGUCCAGACACAGACUGGGAUGCGCUGGGCUCCGAGCCGCAGCCCGACCUGUCCUCAGUGCCAUUGACCCGCGAGCUGUGCGAGCUGGAGCUGUUCCGGCUGCAGCGGCAGGCCGAGCGUGUCCUGCAGCUGGCCCACCGACUCUCGGACGAGCCGCCCUCGGAGCCGGCGGGCACCGAGCUGCCGCUGCUGCUCCGCUCCGGCGCCGCCGCCUGUCUGGCCGCCCUGCAGCCGGUGGCGGCGCCGGCCGGCAAGGCGGGCCCGCUGCCCGACCUGCCGCCAGCCGCCGCCGCCAACCCGGCCAUGGUGCAGAUGAUGCAGCAGUACUCGGACGCGCUCCUCACCAUGAUGCACCAGCGAAUGCAGCCGCCCGGCUAGCGGCCGCCCGCCUGCCGGACUCUCCUGUGUCAUGUGUCUGUGCGGCCCCGGGCGGCCGCGCUCAGCGGUUCCGCAAGGAACGGGCCGGCUACCGACGCUCAGCGCCCGCGGUGGACCGAAAUAUUGGCAGCUUCUCCAAUCGGAAUAUGGCACACAGAAGCAGUGUUUCAAGUUUUGAACGUGACGUUCAACGCUUUUAAACCGCGACGCUUGUGUACUAUUUUUCCGUAGGGCUGCUGUUUCCGAAAUAUUUUGAAGCUUUAUCUGUGUGGCUACGGCCACCAGCUUUGGAGACCGUUGUGGAGCUUAGCGCGGCUUUGGCUCGCGCGCCUCCCCCGCGCGGGGAGCCGCGUCUGAGCCGUCGUCGCCAGCCGCGCCACGCGCCGUGCCAAAUGCGCCGUAGACGCCGCACGGCCGCCACCGCAGCGCGGAGUCCAGUAUUCGCGCGGCGCCUGCUUUAAUAACGGCCUAACCAGCGCGCCGGGGCGGGCCGGCGACUCGUGUGCCAACGGGGGGCGCCGGCGCCCUCUGCUCCCCUCUGUAGUACCGUGCCCUGUGAGUAUGUGCAUAUGUGGACUGAGCUGUGCAGAAUGUGCCGUCUAUGUAACUGUGUACAUACCAUUGUCACUGCAUUGAUGAUGCGGUAAUACAAGCUCGCUCUCGA